AUGACACAACAACAAGAACAACAAGACGAAUACUUUGGCAAUGUUAGACUCACUAAAGAUGAUGUAUUACACGACCAAGAGGAGUACCUCAUUUCUGUAAAAAACAUUCACAAAACCUAUUUACUUGGUGUAGAGGGUGUUGCUGCUCUCAGAGGUGUGAGUAUCUCCGUGAAAAGAGGGGAAUAUGUGUGCAUCUACGGAACAAGUGGAGGUGGAAAGACCACCCUUUUAAACCUAAUUGGGACCAUCGACAAACCGUCCAAAGGAGAGAUAUACAUCUGUGACAAACGCAUCGGCGAGAACUCCAAAGACCGCCUCUUGAGCUAUCUCCGUCUCGAGAAAAUUGGCUUUGUGUUCCAAACGUUUAACUUAAUAACAUCGAUGAACGCAAUUGAAAACGUCGAGCUUCCGAUGAUUCUUUUAGGCAAAUUAUCUGCUAAAGAGCGUCACGAGAGGGCAUUGAUGUUACUCAACAAAGUAGGGAUGGGCGAGAGAGUAAAGCACAAACCAUCGCAAAUGUCUGGCGGUGAACAACAACGUGUAACCAUUGCAAGGGCUUUAGCCAAUGAGCCCGAAUUAUUAUUACUAGAUGAACCGACUGGGGACUUGGAUUCAUACAACACUGCAAUGGUCAUUAAAUUGUUACUUCAAUUACAUAGCGAAGGACUGACGUUAUUGAUGGUGACACAUGACGUCUCAUUGAAAAACUUAGCGGAUCGAGUCGUUUGGAUGAGAGACGGAAAAGUCGGUAAAAUCGAGAAUAUGGACCCAGUGAAGAGAAAAGAGGCACUUGAUGUUAUCGAUCAGAAAUUCGAACUGAAAAGAAUCGUCGUUGAAAAAGACCAAACGUCUAUCACGGAGUACAGAGAACCAAAUGACUAUCCACCUGUGAAAUUCCAAGACGAAUUAAAUAAUUGA